UUAUCACUACUACUUUAUUUCCUUUCUUCUUUGUUUAGUGUUUUCCUUGGGGGUGGUGGGGGUAUCAUGUUGCCUCAGAUUCGUCGCCGAGGUUUCCUCUGCAUGUUCUUGGUCGUGUUUCUAUGUUCUGCUUCUUUAUCACCACCGCUUUUAUUUUAUAUAUGGGGUUUCGGUGAAACAACAAAUAAUUGCUUUCGUGCAUGUCAUUAUCAGGAUUUGGGGGGGUCUGCUAACUCAAAAAGCUUUUCUCUCUUCACUCUGCACAAAGCUUCCUUUCAUAGUUUCGUCUCUCUCUGUUCUUGGGUCGUCGUCUCUCGAUUCCUCCUCCAUUUAUCUCGUACGUUCUUUUUUAACUGCAAGUUGAGUAAUUAAGUCCGUAGAUUCGGUUCUUUUUCCAGAGGAAUUCAUAGGCGGUUGACUUUGGAUUGUAUAUCAAAACCUGCUGCUUUGAAGAAUCACUCCUGCUUUAAGUUAGUUUUAGGUUAUUCUUCGACUGUGAUUUAACUUUUUCUCUUUCUCUUUCAACCCAGAAGGAAUCGAUUUGUGGACGGACAACCAACGAGUCCCGUUUUGUUAAAUUCCUGCUCGUUUUGCUGGGAUCGGCUUUUCUUCUUUCCGGCUUUCAGGGGUCCUCGCUCUUGUUCUGUGAUAUCUCUUUUUUGGCCAUUUGUUCUAUAUCUAUCUUGCGAGGGAACACUGCUAUUUCAAGGCGGGUAACGAAAAAGCAAAAACGGAAAAGGGAAAAGAAGAACAAAGAGGAAAGAAACUGGGAUUUUGAGGAAAAAAGAAGUUGGUCCAGGAGAAUUUCGAAUAUUUGCUUUUGUUUUUGAGAGUUCGAAGGGUCACUAUACGAACAAAGGAGGAGGAGAUAUACAAAGGUGGGUUGGUGGUGAGUGGUGGAGAUCUAAGACAGUUGGGUUAUAGUUGUGUGAGACUCUGGGAUAGUGUGGAAGAAUGUAUGGGGGUGGUGGUGGUGAGAGUGGCGGCGGCGGGGUGGUAAUGACAAGGGAUCCAAAGCCGAGGCUGCGGUGGACAGCCGACCUACACGACCGCUUUGUGGAUGCCGUCACCAAACUCGGCGGCCCGGAUAAAGCGACUCCCAAGUCAGUGCACAGAUUAAUGGGCUUGAAGGGCUUGACACUGUACCAUUUAAAGAGCCAUCUUCAGAAAUAUAGAUUAGGGCAACAAACGCGGAGGCAAAACAGCGACGACAAAGCUGAACCGAGCGAUGGAAUUCCUUAUGUUCAAUUUAGUCCUUCCCGAAUGGCCAGUAGUUCGUUGCAACCUAGUGACCUACAGCCAGGAGAAAUCCCAAUUGAGGAGACAUUGAAGUGUCAGAUGGAAGUUCAAAAGAGACUACAACAGCAACUUGAGGUACAGAAGAAGCUGCAGAUGAGAAUAGAGGCCCAAGGGAAGUACCUGCAAGCAGUACUAGAGAAAGCUCAAAAGAGCCUGUCGAUCGAUGGGAGCGAUCUUGCAAAUCUAGAGGUCACCAGAGCCCAAAUAGCUGACUUCAAUCUGGCCAUCUCCAACUUCGUCGACCCCGCGCGUGGAGGAGGAGGUGGUGGUGGAGAGAGGAACAGCAGCAACAUCAUCAGCAUGAUGAUGGGCAUGAAAGAAGAGCUGUACCAGGGAGGAGGCCAUCAAAACCAUGGCUCAGCAUUCCAGAUUUAUGAAGGAGAGAGACCACAGACUCAGGAUGUUGAGGCCAAGAGGCCAGAAGGGUCGUCGAUGAUUCAAUUUGACUUGAAUAUUAAAGGCGGGCAUGACUUUCUUGGAGCAAAAUUAGAGCCCAACAUGAUGAUUUAGGUCAGUAAAAGAAAGAAUCAUGGAAUGUCACUCUUUUGUUUAUGUAGAAAAGCACAAGCACUUCACUUUUGGUAGCCUCCAAUGUUCUAUGUAGA